AUAUAUACAAUUUCUCCAUUAAACUAUUCAAACAUCUAUCGCAACUUUCAGAGAGCUUCAGGCGAAUUUUUCUGUUGCAAGUUGAUUGAGUUCCUCCAUGUCCAAGAUGAUGUUGAGAUCCAGCAAGCCGCCGCUUCCGAGAUCUCCGAUUCGUCUUCGCUCGCGCCGUGCCCUCCGGUCUACCACAAACACCCUUCAAACUCCUCCAGGUUCAUUGACAAAAUCCCAGUUGCCUAAUCGUCGGAGUGACCUUGAAGAAUGGGAGAUGCGUCCGGAAUACCAUACCAUUUCCUGUGAGCUCCGGGCGCUGGCAAAGAUGGUGCAGCAAGAAAUUGGCAAUGGCGAUGGGGGCAAUCCCGGGAAUGAGGAAUACUCAUUGAAACCGAGAAGCCCUUUGUUUGAGAGGGGGAGGCUCUAUGAAGAGUACUCCGCCAGGAGGAAUGAGAGGCUGAAGAGAAAGAAGUGCGGCGAAGAGAAGGCGGCGGUUUAUGGUCUUGGUGUGAGAGUUGAGUCUGUUAAGAAAAGGGGGGUGCCAAAUGUGGUGGUGCAGAGUGGCCGGAAGACAGUUCCGGCGACUCCCAUGACGGCGCAGAGAGGAGGAGAGAAGCCGAGGUAUAUGCUGAGAAGCAUGACAACAAGCAAGGAGAACAAGAAGCCUGCUUAUCUGGCUAUGAGUGUUGAGAAAUCUGUUGGGGGUGUAGAGAAGAAGAAGACUGCAGUUAGAAGGUCCAGGAAAAUUUGAUUUUAAAGAUGUCCCCCUUUUGUUCUUUUCUGCCUUUUAAUUUUGUGAUUUCUGGAGUCUAUUGCUGCUUGCUAUUUGUUGUAAAUUGGGCUAUAUGAUGAUCAUAUGGAUUUAGGAUGACAAGCUUUGAAGAGGCUAUAAGUCUCAUAGCUUCAAUACAAUUUCAGUUUUUAGGCAUUGGAGCUAUA